UCGUUCGCAUUUACAAUAACCAGGUGUUUGAGUAAAUAAGUGUUUAUUUUUUCAAAAUAUUUAAAAACAUGGCUACAAAAAAACAAUUUAAUUUUCGCAAAGCCCAACUAAAUGAUAUUAAAAUUGUAAAAGAAAUGAUACAGGAAUUGGCAGAUUUUGAAAAAAUGAGCGAUGGACCUCAAUUAACGGAACAAGAUCUUAUACGCGAUUCUGGUCUUGAUGGCGGUCAAGAGUAUUGUCAUAUUUAUGUUUUGGAUUUAGUUGAAGAACAAAAAACUACCGUGAUCGGCUAUGCUAUUUGCUUCUACAACUACUCCACCUGGCAAGGUAAAUCGUAUUUCCUUGAAGAUAUUUAUGUUCGCCCCGCAUAUCGUGGCAUUGGUGCUGGCGCUCGUAUAUUCUCUGAAGUUGCUGCCAAAGCUAAUGAAUAUAAUUGUAAACGUGUUGAUUUUCAUGUGUUAUCUUGGAAUCCCGCUUCGAAGUUCUAUAAGAAAUUAGGUGCCACCGAUUUAACGGAAGCCGAAGAAUGGCAUUUUUAUCGUUUAUACGAGAAAGAUAUUAAAAAUUUGGUCGAUCAAAUGAAAAAGGAAUAAUUACCUAUAAAUUAAUAUUUUUGUAGGUAUUUAAACAAGCAUUUAAAAAGUAAAUUACUUACAUACAUAUAUUGUAUUCAUUUAUUUUAUAAAAACUUUAAAUGAAAUUUGUAAUUUUAAUAAAACAAAUUUUAUAAUUUAAAA